CGCGUAACGGCACUUUUCUCUGACCUCUCCCCACCGGCGUGUUCAUGUCAAACCCACCCUAAUCAAUCGGAUGGAUUCUUCUCUGGUUUCUAAAGCCAAAACAGUUUUGCAUUCUGCUGCGGCUAGGGCAGAGAAGGUCUUGACUGAUAUCAAAGCUGAUUUGAAGAGCGAUCGAGGGACUGAGGUCAAAUUGCAGUCUGGUUCAAGGAACGAUCGGGUGCAUGAGGAGAUUCAAAAAGAUUGUCUUAGCAAAGAAGAUGGAGUUGACAAGAAUGAGUCCCAGAAACCAAUAUGUAAAUCCAUGGAACCAGCAAAAAGAGACUGGAAACAGUAUCUGAAGAAUAUGAAAAGGGGUAAAGCAUUUGCAGAGCGGGAGAAAAUAAAAGAUUUUUGUUUUGAUAAUUCAGAUUUGGAUGAAAACUCAAAUAAGAAGCAUCUUGAGGAUAUUAUCCCUGUGGAGAAUUCAGGACAGGACCUGACCACAGCGGUUGAUUCCAAUGCCUCUAGCAUGGUGAUAAUGCCUCCGACAUCAGUGAUUAAACAGCUGGGAAUAGCUUUUGAGGCCGGGAAGAAGUUCAAGUCGAUGAAAGAUCUCUUGAUAGUACACAAAGAAACUUCACCCGUCAACGAAAAGUCUGGCUUUGUUUCUAGUAUUUCUGCAAUGAAAUCACUUGUUCUUCGUGAAAAAGAGGAUAAAAUAGAUUUAGAAUAUAGUGUUGAUGAAGAAAUCUGUUCCUUACUGCAUACCUUAUUUAAUCGAGAGGAGCAAUUUCCCAAGUUGGAAAAGAACUCUUGCUCUUCCACCUUUUGCACGGCACAUUUACCAAGGGAUAUCCAAGGUGCGCCCCCAGGGAGCUUUGUUGUUAAGCUUGCUGAAGCUGUGGGGAGCAUUAAGACGCUGCGUAAAAUGAUAUCAUUUUGGCUGAUUCUAGUUGCUGAACUGAGAAGAUUAUGGAAUGAAGGACGACCAAUCCCCCUCUUGCCUGUAGAUGAGAUCCCAGAUCUGGAUUUCUGUCUUCUACACCAACAGUUGCAAGUUAUUAAUUGUUGUGUUGCUAGGAAAAGGCGGCGCCAUUUAGACAUUGAGUCUCUAAAAUCUGUAAUGGAAGACAACACCCCAAAUACUGGAGGGUCUGUUUCCUUAAUGCCAUCUCUGAUUUAUGCAAGAGUGAAAUCAGGACGCUUGGUGCUUCGACUUGGAGCUGAUCAUCCUUCAGAAAAUCUAACGAUGUUAGAAACUGGUGAACCUAUAUAUUCUCCUCGAACUCAGGAGGGUCCGCUUUUUACAGAAGAUCUUCUUAAAGAAACAGAAGAAAUUGUCCUACGUACAGGAAGUUUUGGUACCGGCUGUUCUCAACUCUUCUCGGAUAUGCAGGCGUUUAAGGCUGCAAAUCCUGGAUGCAUCUUGGAAGAUUUCAUUAGAUGGCACUCUCCACCAGAUUGGACAGAAGGUGAUACAAAUAAUGCAGAUAAGAAUUACCUUGAGGAAGAUGGAUCUUGGAAACGGGGUCAACUGAGCACACGAAUGCAGAAAGAAGGUAAUUUGUGGCGUGAAUUAUGGGAGAAUGCCAAACCUUUGCCUGCUGUUAAGCAAACACCACUAUUUGAUGAGGAUUUAGCAGUAGAAAGCAUUUUGAACUACUUGGAGGAUGUUUCACCUUCGGAGAUCUUCAUACAGCUUUUUGUUGUUGUUCUGAGCUCUGGUUUUGCAAUUGGCGAAUCGUUGCUGCCCAUGAACAAUGAAUUGUGCAAGCUAUUCAACGACUGCAAAGAUUAUGUCAUUUCUACAGUCCCUGGUGAAAUGAGUGGUGAGAAAAUUGAUGAUCUCUAUCAGGUCUAUGAAACUAUGGAGGCCAUUGUACUUCAUCCAGAUGAUAGCUCAACUCUGAAGCAACUCUCUGAAGAAACCAAUUCUGAAGGACUAAAGCGUCGGUUAGGCAAAAUGGGAUUGAACUUCACAGUAAAAAAUCGGCACUUUUUUAGGAGGUCUGUUCCCCAGGAAGGGAAGUGUCCUGAUGAGAAGACCACACGAGUAUUUUCGCAGUUUCUUGAAGGGAAAUCAUCUUUGUUCACAAAGAAGCCCACAAAACCUAGUAAUUCCGAGGCAGCACCAUCACUGUGUACAGAUGAGAGUGAUUGGACCGUGAUUUGAACCCAUUGUGCAUAACCUUCACUUUUUUGAUGAAGCAAAAUAACACUGUAAAGAAAAAGAAAUCUGUACAGAAUCUUGCUUGAGGAAAUUCAUGGCAGUGUUAAUCAUGCUCACUGUGGUGGUCAUCCAUCCAUUAUGUGUUUCAAGAGAUCAAGUUUUUAGCUUGUCUUAUUGAGGGCUUGAGGCUAUUAAGCACACACUUAAGAAGCAAAAUAAAAUCUUAUCCUUUGUAGCUUGUCAUAAGCCUUAUGCCACUUGCAGCUUUAUGUAAUGUACUGUUCUAUCCAUCAAUGAUAUAAGAACUUAUUGUGAA